GAGUUCUUUCUCUUUAAUUUAGGUCGGAGGAAAAACAACCCGUAAGUUCUAAAUUACCUUAUGAAAAUCAGAAAUCAUCGUGACUCAGCUGUAAAUAUAAUUAUAUUUAUUCAAAUAUUUAUAAUAAAUACGCAUUUUUACUUCAUAUUUCGUCAACAAUUAUUAUAUCUUGAUUUUAAAAAAUAAAUUUCAGAUCAAAAUGGGUCGCCGACCAGCUCGAUGGUAAGUUAUCGAAAUUUGUGCACACCUUCUUGUCGAGUUGUUGUGUAUGUGUUUUAAGUUUUAAUCUAUCGUUUGUGAUACAUUUAAUAUUCCAGUUGUUAAUUUAAGUUUAAGCGUAUGCGAAUACCAUAGUGUGAUAUUUAUGUAAAUAGUAUUGGCAAGAUUAAUUCCUAAUUCAGGGUCCAAAUAGAUAUAAAUGUUCAAUUUUACUUUUCAGCUAUCGUUACUGCAAAAACAAACCAUACCCAAAAUCUCGUUUCUGUCGUGGUGUUCCUGGUAAGUUCAUUCCUUAUAUAUUAUUUUAAUAUUUGCACUAUAUGGAAUGAUGAUCCUACUUUAGCUCGACAAUCUUGUCAAGCUCAAUAUUGGACUGAAUGGAGUAGUGUUGACAUUUUUUUUUUUUUGGUUUCAGACCCAAAGAUCAGGAUAUUUGAUUUGGGCAGAAAGAAAGCACGCGUAGAUGAGUUUCCUCUUUGUGUCCACAUGAUCUCUGAUGAGUAUGAACAGUUGUCAUCUGAGGCUCUUGAAGCUGGACGUAUCUGUGCCAAUAAAUAUUUGGUGAAGAACUGUGGUAAAGAUGCUUUUCAUCUGCGAGUUAGGUUACACCCUUUCCACAUCAACAGGAUCAACAAGAUGUUGUCGUGUGCUGGUGCUGAUAGGUAAUUUUAGUGUUUCAAUUCUAAAAUUGAUCAUUGUUAAAUAAUUGUUCCUUGAUAUUCUCAACUAUGAUAGGGAGAAGCAAUAUCAUAAUUAUGUCUUGCUGGUCAUGAUCAUGUUUUUGUUUAUUUUACUAGAAGGAUAGUGUUUUAUCAUGAUUUGAAUUUUAUUUUAGACUUCAGACCGGUAUGCGUGGAGCUUUUGGAAAACCCCAGGGAACUGUAGCCCGUGUCAACAUAGGACAGCCCAUCAUGUCUGUACGUGCGCGUGAAAAUCACGAACAGCAGGUUAUUGAGGCUCUGCGUCGUGCCAAGUUCAAAUAUCCUGGCAGACAAAAGGUAUGUACACAUCCAAAUAUUUUUUUUAACCUGGUGCACUUUUAAGCUAAUAGUAUGGAGUAUUGAAAGGAAAAUUCUCAAAUUGUUAUAUGGAGUACUGGUAUUGAAAGGAAAAUUCUCAAAUUUAUACCGGUAUUAUUUUGGUUUUUAAUCAUGGAUAUCCCAUUGAUUUUUUUUUCUUCUUCAGAUUGUUGUUUCCAAGAAAUGGGGAUUCACAAAGUGGUCACGUGAAGAGUAUGAAACAAUGAGGGCAGAUGGAAAACUGGUCCCAGAUGGUGUUGGUGUUCAGUACAAACCAAAUCACGGACCCCUCAUUUUGUGGAAAGAGAGGCAAACUGCUAGCUAAAGGAUUUAUGAGUUAAUAAAACUGGUGGUCUAUUAAAAAUCAAUGUUUUCUUAUGGUAUGAGUGCGUGAUUGUAGUCUAAUAGAACUCUCUUUUUUUUUUUAAAACUUAUUACACUCUGUUAAUAUGCAGGCUUCCAGCUUGUUUUGAUAAAUUACAUUUGAUUACCAUCUUACAAUUCCAUACAUAGCGAUUCACCAUAGAUACCAUCUGGAAUUGAU